AUGGCUCCUCCAGCAGUUUUAUCCAAAUCCGGUGUUAUCUACGGUCAAGAUGUCAAAGAUUUAUUUGACUAUGCUCAAGCAAAAGGUUUCGCUAUCCCAGCUAUUAACGUCACCUCUUCUUCCACUGUUGUUGCUGCUUUAGAAGCUGCUAGAGACAACAAGUCCCCAAUCAUCUUACAAACUUCUCAAGGUGGUGCUGCUUAUUUUGCUGGUAAGGGUGUUUCUAACACUGAUCAAAAGGCCUCAAUUGCUGGUUCUAUUGCUGCUGCUCAUUAUAUCAGAUCCAUUGCUCCAACUUAUGGUAUUCCAGUUGUUUUACAUACUGAUCAUUGUGCUAAGAAAUUAUUACAAUGGUUUGAUGGUAUGUUGGAAGCUGAUGAAGAAUUCUUUGCCAAGAAUGGUACUCCAUUAUUUUCUUCUCAUAUGUUGGAUCUUUCUGAAGAAUCCGAUGACGAAAAUAUUGCUACUUGUGUCAAGUAUUUCCAAAGAAUGGCCAAGAUGAACCAAUGGUUAGAAAUGGAAAUUGGUAUCACUGGUGGUGAAGAAGAUGGUGUUAACAAUGAAAAUGUUGACAAAGAUGCUCUUUAUACUUCUCCAGAAACCGUUUUCAAGGUUCAUGAAGCUUUAGCUCCAAUCUCUCCAAGUUUCUCCAUUGCUGCUGCUUUUGGUAACGUUCAUGGUGUUUACAAGCCAGGUAAUGUUCAAUUAAGACCAUCUAUUUUAGGUGAUCACCAAAAGUAUGCUCAAGCCAAGAUUGGUUCUGCUUCUAAGCACCCAUUAUACUUGGUUUUCCAUGGUGGUUCCGGUUCUACUCAAGAAGAAUUUGACACUGCUAUCAAGAAUGGUGUUGUUAAGGUUAACUUAGAUACCGAUUGUCAAUAUGCUUACUUAGCUGGUAUUAGAGAUUAUGUUGUUAAGAAGAUUGAUUACUUGAAGACUCAAGUUGGUAACCCAGAAGGUGAAGAUAAACCAAACAAGAAAUACUUUGACCCAAGAGUUUGGGUUAGAGAAGGUGAAAAGACUAUGUCUGCUAGAAUCGCUGAAGCUUUGGAAAUCUUCCACACUAAGAACCAAUUGUAA